AAAAAUUUACUUCGCAAAUAAUAGAAUAGAUUAUAUAAUUAAAAUUUUGUUUUCAUUGGUUUAAGGUAGUAAAGAUUAAUCAUUGUUAGAUAAUAUGAUUUUUGUUAUUUAAAAAAAUCUUUAUAAUUUUAAAAGUUAACAUCGAUAAAUAUUUAAAUAAUUAACAUAUGAAGGUAUAAUAUUACAAUAUUAAAUUAUAUCUAUUUAGUUUAUGCUAUAUAUAAAUCCAGUGGAUCAUCUAUUGUUUAAGUUUAAUUAUUGAUAGCCCAAUAAAAAAAAUUGGUAGAUCUAAAAUUUAAAUGAUAAAAUUAAAGAUUAAAUGUAACAUGAGUUUUUAGAAAUAUGUACAUUAGGUCCAUUUUAAAAAAAAAACACAUAUAAAUUAAGAUUGUGACUUUUGUUUUAAUAUAUAAGAUAAUAAUAUCAGUGCUUUUACUUAUUAAUGUUGUGCACUGUUAUCAUGGUUUAUGCUCUCUUUUUUUUGUGAACUGUUGAUUGGUUUAUGCUUAUUUGAAUGUUUCUUUUAGCCAACGUAAGAAAUGAAGAACAAUUUAUAUUUGAAGAAAAUAUAAUUUAAUAAGUUCAAUAGAGAAAAUAUUAUUUAUUGAUGUUACUGUAUGGAUGCGAGUAAAGAUCUGUGAAUUAUAUUUGAGAAAAUACAUUAAGUUAACACAUGAAAAAAAAAUUAAAUCAAAAUAGAAAAAAUUGAUAGUGAUAUACCCUUCGACGUUUUGGGGAAAGCUAACGAUGGCCCAAAGUCAUAAAAAUCUUUCUUGUAUUUAUCGAAAUCCUUACCAAUUUAGUUAGAGUUAUAUAGACCAAACACAUGAUUAUCAUAGUAUUAGAAUAUUCAAAAAAAUUACUUAGCGAAUAAUUAAAAUCUUUCUUGUAUUUAUCAAAAUCCUUAUACAAGCUUAUUUAAAUAUACUAAAACACUCUUAAUUUAAAGAAAAUAAGGUACCAUGGAUACAUAAAAAUAUUUGCUAUUUCUUAAGAUAGUGAUACUUUUAAUAUAUAUACCAGUCCAUAUAUUUAUCAAAAUAAAUAAUAUUUUUCGUAGUCCGAUAAUCAUUACUAGAAAUUCAUAACACCGCAUGUAGAUGGAUAUUCUAUUUAUUAUAUAAACCCUAACGCCUUACCACUCAAUAACCAUCAAAACUUUUCUUCUCGUUUCGCAAACUCAAAGCUUCAAAAAGUAAGAACAAUGAAGAAUGUCUCACUUGUUCUUGCUAUGAUCCUCUUCUUAAGCUGUGUCACAUCCAAAGUCACAGCAACAGAACUAGAGUCAUCAACUAACCAAGAGCUCUUCCGGUCGCGGCACGUACCUCGCUUUCACCCCAAGCCACAUUGGCCGUUCCGUGGCUCCGGAAAAGCCUUCCCUGCAGGCCACUUCCGACCAACUCCGUUCCAUCUGCCACAGGAAGUCACCAGAUGCUUGUCCGACAAGAAGGAGGUAGGUACAUGUUUUGAUGAUAUCACUGAGACUUUCUUCACCAGGAAAGCCGUGAUUGGAUCGGAAUGUUGCGCCGCGAUCAAGAAGAUGAACAAAGAUUGUGAGAAGACCGUCUUUGGAUCUUUCCAUGACCCCUUCUUGACCGGCUAUGUCAAGCUACAUUGCUCCACCGUUGUUGGAUCUACUUCACCUCCUCCUUCACAUGCUCCUUCUUCACAGGCUCCUUUACAUGCUCCUUCACAGGCUCCAUUACAUGCUCCUUCACAGGCUCCUUUACAUGCUCCUUUACUGCCCCCUUCACAGGCUCCUUCACCGGCUCAGUGAUUUUAGUUAUUUGUUAGAAUUAUUCAAGUGUUGAUGUCCUAGGGAGUUUUAGUUUUUUUUUCUUUGUUUUAAAAUUUUGUGUUUGUUUUGAGAAACCGUCUUUGGAUUUUAACUUUACUUUGAUUUUUUCCCUAUACAAUUUAAAUUUAGAGUUUACUUAUUAAUUUUAUAAAUUAGAUGGUACUAAAUUUUUAUCAUAAUAAAAAGCUAUUACCCAAUUUUUUUUAUGUUCUCUUACGAACUUACGGGAUAAAGAUCAAUUAAGACACUAGAUUUACUAAUCUUAUAUGCAACGGUUGAAGAACAAGUAACAAAACACACAGAAAUUUGUUCAUAAUAUGUUGCAAUAAUAUCAAAAGAUAUGACAAGCAUCAAAUAAAA